GGUGUUUGUGUUGUUCAACCGAGGUGGUCCGCCGAUUGAAUUUCUAAUGUACCGCGACCCCACAGUUCAUCCACGUUCUCAUGCAUGUUAAGUAUUCUCCUGCAUCCACUCGACCAUACGAGUAUCAGUCACGAAAACAAUUGUUAAACAUCCACCUGGUGAUCUAUCACAAUUACAAAGAAUCUUAAUUCCUUCUUGUAUAAUAUAUUCCUGUCUAAUUCCCUUUCCACCACAAGUUAUCUUUUGAACAUCAGACCAAGCUUCUAGCAUCACCAUCACUAGAUAAAGUGACAACGCGAACGGCAAAGCGCGAACAUAUCAUUACCAGUCACAAAAGAUUUAAAUUCGACUUAAAUCAGCCAUGUCUUUCAUGGGCGGUGCAGAAUGUUCGACAGCAGGAAAUCCGCUUAGUCAAUUCACCAAACAUGUUCAGGAUGACAAGAGUUUACAGAGAGAUAGAUUGGUCGGAAGAGCGCCUGGAGGCGGUAUGCAGGGCAUGCGCUCCGGUAUGAAUAUGAACGGAAGUCAAGAUCACAUGAUGAACGAUUUUAUGCAACAAAAUGGUCAACUCCCACCAGAAGCCUUCGCUAUGCAACAUGAUCUUCAUCAGAAUGCACAAAUGAGAAAUGGAUCUCAAUCUCCAGCUGUUGGAGGAUGGGCCCAGGAGUUCAAUCCUGGAAUGCCGGGAAUGCCAGAGCAGGCAAUGAUGGAGGCGGCGUUCCAAGCUCCCAAAGGUACAGCAUUCAGCCCUGCGGAUUUUGCUAGAUUUCAACAGAUGGGCCAAUCAAGCUCCGCGCGUUCUGCGAGUCCUAUGGCGCAAAAUAUGUCGAAUGGUUAUUCAUAUCAAGGUCCUCAAAUGGGUAUGGGUAUGGGUAUGGGAAUGAUGGGCAUGAACAGAAUGGGUAUGGGUAUGAAUAUGAUGAACCAACCACAGUAUCAACAACCUGCGCAGGAUUUACAACAAGACAAAGGAAAGGGGAAGAUGGUUGAGCUCGAUGAUCAAAAUUGGGAAGAGCAAUUCAAGCAGAUUGAUUUACAAGGAAAGGAGCUCGAAGAGAGUUUGGCGGCGGAAGGAGAAUUAAAUGAAAUGGAUAGGUCAGUCCUUGAAUCUGAAACCAAUGAAUUUGGGGAUUUUGAAUCUAUUUGGAAGGGCAUACAAGCUGAAAAUGCUGCUGCUAGGGAAAUGGCCGGCGAAGAAAGCCUAAACGGUAUGAACAUAAGCGAAUUCGAUCAAUGGGACGGAUUUGAUGCUGUAGGAACACAUCAAUCACCAUUCCGUGACCCGCAACUCGGAGAUUAUAUGUUUGAAAACGAGAACCUUUUUAAAGAUAUCGCCAACCCAUUCGACGAGGGUGUGCGGAUAAUGCACGAGGGAGGUAACUUAUCUCUCGCCGCACUAGCUUUCGAGGCCGCCGUACAAAAAGAUCCCCAGCAUGUUGAUGCAUGGGUAUUGUUAGGUUCGGCCCAAGCCCAAAAUGAAAAGGAGACACCGGCAAUCCGAGCGUUAGAACAGGCUCUGAAAGUUGACCCUAUGAAUCUUACAGCCCUUAUGGGCCUAGCAGUUUCCUACACAAACGAAGGUUACGAUAGUACCGCUUAUCGUACACUUGAGCGCUGGCUCUCCAUCAAGUAUCCAUCUAUCAUUGAACCAGGUGCCCUAUCUUCUGAGAGUGACAUCGGUUUCACCGACCGACAUCAACUUCAUGAAAAGGUUACUGAUUUAUUCAUUCGCGCCGCUCAACUUUCACCAGAUGGCGAACACAUGGAUCCAGAUGUGCAAGUAGGUCUCGGAGUCCUCUUCUACGGUGCUGAAGAGUACGAUAAAGCAGUUGAUUGUUUCACUGCUGCUCUAGCCUCCACCGAAUCUGGAACCUCGAAUCAAAGAGACCAAGUUCAUCUCUUAUGGAAUCGCCUCGGCGCCACUCUCGCGAAUUCAGGCCGCAGCGAAGAAGCUAUCGCCGCCUACGAAAAAGCACUAACGCUCCGCAUCAAUUUCGUACGAGCCCGCUACAACCUUGGUGUCUCUUGCAUCAAUAUUGGAUGUUUUGACGAAGCUGCUUCUCAUCUUCUAGGUGCAUUAGCUAUGCACAAAAUUGUGGAAAAUGAAGGCAGAGAAAAGGCAAGAGAUGUACUGGGUGGCGGAAGUGUCAGUGAGGCGGAUCUCGAGAGGAUGAUCUCGCAAAAUCAAAGCACUAAUUUGUAUGAUACAUUGAGAAGAGUUUUUAGUCAGAUGGGGAGAAGAGAUUUGUCUGAGCGCGUCGUGGCGGGAAUGGAUGUUGAGAGUUUCAGAGGGGAGUUUGAUUUUUAAUUUUGAAAUUUGUGGACGAGUGAUACUUUGGAUGAGUAUGAGUAUCAGUGGUUAGAUGUACAUGAAUGGAUGGAUUAGCAGAAGUCGAUUCUCGUUGAGCAAAUACAUGGGAUGUAGUUGAUUGGACUAAAACGAAACUGAUGAUAUGGUAUAUUAUUGUGGAUGUCAAAACAAAACAGCAAAAUGAUUUUUGGGGUGGAAGGCCCAUUCGAAUAGAAUUGAAUCGGACUGAACGGUCAUUUUUAGGAUCAGAAAUAGGUAUAAGGUAGCGUAGCGUAGCGAAUGAAUGAAUAAUAUUUGGAGGGAUCACAAGAACUGUCUAAAUUAGAGACAUGAUGAGAUGAGUUAUAUAAACCAGAAUAAGAACGCAUCUUGAUUUUAAUGGGAAGAGGGGCGAAGGAUAGUAUGUAUGGAGUGUGGAAUAGACGGGUAGAUAGAUACAUGUAAAUGGAUUUGGAACUGUAUGAUAUGCUGAGUUGGUGAGGGAAAAGGGGAAAUGGGGUUCCGGGUUUUGACCGCAGGUGUGGUUUACAGGAUGAAAGUUUGUAGAGGGGUAGAAGGAAAUAUAAGAAUUAAUAUCA